AUGGCCUUGGAUAGUAGGCUAUGGAAGAAUAUUGUCAUAUGCCUCAAGGCUGCUGCUCCUCUCAUUACAGUCCUUCGCUUGGUUGAUUCAGAUGAAAAACCAGCCAUGGGUUUCAUCUUUGAAGGCAUGAGAAACGCCAAAGAAACAAUCAAGACUAACUUCGGUUGUGUUAAAAAGAGUUAUGAACCUAUAUGGGAAAUUAUUGAUGGAAGGUGGGAAAGUCAAUUGCAUAGACCAUUGCAUGCAGCUGCGUAUUAUCUUAAUCCUCAUUAUCACUAUGAACCAAAUUUCAUGGAAGAAAGGAAAAAGGUUGGUCUACAGCUUCCUGACUUUCAUUAUGCUAGAGGCCUCUUUGGUAAUGAAACUGCAAAGAGUAGUAGGAAGACCAUGCUACCUGCUGAGUGGUGGGACUUCUAUGGAGAUAGUUGUCCAGAACUAAAGAAGUUUGCUAUCCGAGUUCUAAGCUUAACUUGUAGUUCAUCUGGUUGUGAGCGUAAUUGGAGUGCAUUUAAAAUGGUUCAUACAAAGAGAAGAAAUCGGUUGCAUCAAAAGAAAAUGAAUGAUCUAGUGUAUGUGAUGUAUAAUUUGAAGUUAAAGGGCAAGCAAAUUAGAAAAACUCCAGAACUUGAAUUUGAUGCAGUGCAUUCUGAUGAUGAGUGGAUAACUGAGGAUGUUAAUGAAAAUAUUGCUGAAAGUGUUGAGCAUUCUCACUUGCCAAUGAAUGACAAUACUAAUGAUGAUCCAAAUAGUAAUGAAUUUGCUAUUCCAGGUAUGAAUAGUAAUGAAUUCAACAUGGGUGAAGGAGGUGAGAAUGAGUUUAUUGGGGAUCCACAACAAAAUUUAAUAGAGGAAGAAGAUGAACAUGUGAAUGAUGAUGAAGAUUUUGUUGGCCGUGUUGAACCUGAGGCUGAAAGAAAUGAUGUUUCUGAUGAAGAUAGUGAAGAUGAUGAUGUAAACUCGUAUGAGUCUACGAGUCGAGUCUACGAGUCGAGUCUAGGUCAGCUCCACGAGUUUACCUAG